UCCCGCCCCGGGCUCAGGGGGAGCGCGCUCACGAGGACGCGGCGGCGGGAGCGACCGUUGGGAGCGGCCCGCGGCGGGGGAGCCGCGCUCCGGCCACCAUGCGGCGGCUGCGGCGCCUGGCGCACCGGCUGCUCGUCCGGCCCUUCUCCCCGGGCCCGCAGCAGGGCCGGCUCCCAGGCCACAGGGUCAAGUUCGUCUUGCUGGUGUGGCUGGGCGUCUUUGCGGGCAGCUGGCUGGCCUACGUGAACUACACGUCCUACACGGAGCUCUGCCGCGGGCACGUGUGCCAGGCGGUCAUCUGUGACCAGUACCACAAGGGCAUCAUCUCGGGCUCCCUGUGCCAGGACCUGUGCCAGCUGCACAAGGUGGAGUGGAGGGCCUGCCUGUCCUCCGUGCCCAGCCAGCAGGUGUACAGCGGGCUCUGGCAGGGCAAGGAGGUGACCAUCAAGUGCAACAUCGAGGAGAGCUGGAGUGCAAAGGCCGGGCCGGAGGCGCCAACCCGGCGGGAGCUGGUGCUGUUCGACAGGCCCGUCCGGGGCACCUCCAUCCAGGAGUUCCGGGAGAUGACCCUCAGCUUCCUCAAGGCGAACCUGGGAGACCUGCCCUCGCUGCCGGCGCUGGUGGGGCAGGUGCUGGCCCUGGCGGACGUCAACAAGGACGGCCGCGUGUCGCUGGCCGAGGCCAAGGCCGCGUGGGCCCUGCUGCAGGGCAACGAGUUCCUGCUGCUGCUGUCGCUGCGGGACAAGGAGCAUGCCGCGCGGCUGCUGGGCUUCUGCGGCGACCUGUACGUCACCGAGGGCGCGCCGCCCGGCUCCUGGCAGGGCGCGGCGCCCCUGCUGCGCCCGCUGCUGCCGCCCGCCCUGCACCGCGCCCUGCAGCAGUGGCUGGGCCCGCCGUGGCCGUGGCGCGCCAAGGUGGCCAUCGGCCUGCUGGAGUUCGUGGAGGAGCUCUUCCACGGCGCCUACGGCACCUUCUACAUGUGCGAGACCACGCUGGCCAACGUGGGCUACACGGCCACCCACGACUUCCGCAUGGCCGACCUGCGGCAGGUGGCGCCCGCGGCCGCCGUGCGCCGCUUCCUGCGUGGCCGCCGCUGCGCGCACAGCGCCGACUGCACCUACGGGCGCGACUGCCGGGCGCCCUGCGACCAGCUGCUGCGCCAGUGCAAGGGCGACCUCCUGCAGCCCAACCUGGCCAAGGUGUGCGAGCUGCUGCGGGACUACCUGCUGCCCGGCGCCCCCGGCGAGCUGCGCACCGAGCUGGGCCGCCAGCUCAGCACCUGCGCCACGCUCAGCGGGCUGGCCAGCCAGGUGGAGGCCCACCACUCGCUGGUGCUGAGCCACCUCAAGACGCUGCUGUGGACCACCAUCUCCAACACCAAGUACUCCUGACCCCGCCCCUGCCCGCCCCCGAGCCGGCUCCAGCCGGACUGCGGGCGGGGCGUCCUCCCCCAGGGCUGCAGCCGCCCUGGCCAAGCCGCCGCCUCCUCUCCUGUCACCAGACAAAGGCACGGCUGCAGGGGCGACUCCCCCUCCUGUCACAGGACAAAGGUGCGGCCCAGCGGCCCCUUCACUGUCCCUCCUUCCCCAGCUCCAGCCCCCCAGGCGGAAGGGCUGUUCAGCAGGAGGGGCUGGAAGGGGUGAGGCGGGAAGAGGACGCGCCCUGGCGGAGUUGGGUUUUGUUACUUUGAUCACCUGAUGUAAAUAAAUUGGUUUUCUGUGA